CACAAUGAGUUCGAUCUGUUGCAUCAUGGCAAAUUAUUUUGCUUUUAUUUCGCUGCUUAUUUAUUCCACACAAGCAGCUGGUUUGUUUGGAAACCGACAGACCAAAGUUCAAAUUUUGGACCCGAAAAUCGACGAGAUUUCCGGACUGGCCAUAAGCCGUGUUCACGCGAAUAUUGCUUACAUGCACAACGACAAGGUCGACGUCAAUCGGUUUUUCGCGGUCGAUCUAAUCACAGGAAACAUAGUAGCCACUUUCACCAUCAACAAUGCCACCAACGUCGACUGGGAGGACAUGGCUUAUGGCCCCUGUUUUGACGACUGUAAAAGCGGUACUUGCAGCACAGGCACAAACCCAGCCCGCAACUGUCUCUACAUCGGUGAUACUGGAAGCAACGGUUUCCGUCCAACCGCUAACGUCAUCUAUGCUGUGCAAGAACCAGCGAGUCUACAGGACGGGAGUGUAGAUCUUGUUGGAACACUCCGCUUCAACUGGACGGAGCCAGACGUUGAGACCCUACUCCUGUCACCUGACGCCCAGUUGUUCGUCGUCUCCAAGACUUUUGGCGGUAGGGGCAAGAUUGCUCAGCUACCAGCAACCGCCUGGAACUCUGGGAGCGUUGCUAACCUAGAUGUAUCACAGACGGCAACUUUACAAAUCAACACCACCAAUAGAGACCCUCUAGGGGGCGAUAUCUCACGUGAUGGGAGAGAACUCUUGAUUGUGGCUGAGUACAACAUCUAUUUUUUUAGGGUGACUGAUGGUGACUACAUUAAAGCGUUUGAGAAUCAGGUUCCCUCUACAUUUGAUACCUAUGAUAGAGUAGCGGACACACAAGCUAUCGCCUGGGCACCAGACCAGUUUGGUUUCUACAUUAUACCCGAGGGGAGGAACGCCUCAAUUUACUACUAUCCUCGUGUAGCCGACAUUGUUGUUGGAUAA